AUGUUGAGACUUACGCUUCUUCUUGCGUUGUCAACUAUUGUUGUCGCUGAAAUACACAAGGAAAUAUUCGCCCAUCCCAAGUAUAAAUUCCAGUAUGGAGUUAAGGAUUUUCAUACCGGUGAUAGUAAGGAUCAGUGGGAACACCGUGAUGGCGAUAUCGUUAAGGGACAAUACACAUUGUACGAAGCUGAUGGUACCAAGCGAGUGGUGGAGUACACUUCCGAUAAGCACCAUGGUUUUCAGGCCCAUGUGAAGCGGGAAGGACAUGCCGAGCAUCCACAGCUUUACGGAUCGCAUGCCAAAAACCAACAUUCUGUGGGUUCUCACGGUCACGCUAGCAGUUAUGCGAACUUCUACCAACAUCAUCACUAA